CGCGCAGCUUCGUCCCAGCCGCCGCGGCCGCCAUUGGAGUCGGCGCCCCAUCAGCCUGUCCGCUACCUCCCGCUGCCUCCCGCUGUUUCAGCCCGCGCGCUUACAGCUGUCGCCGCGCCCGGCCGCACCCGCGGAGUUGGCGGCGGGGCCCGGGGCCGCGCGCGGCGUGACAGGCCCGGCCUCGUGGGAGGCCCGAGCCGGCGGCGCCCCGGUCCCGCGCCGCGCUGUUCAUGAAGCAUGUCGGCCACCAGCGUGGACCCCCAGAGAACAAAAGGACAAGAUAAUAAAGUACAAAAUGGUUCUUUACAUCAGAAGGAUACAGUCCAUGACAAUGACUUUGAGCCCUACCUUUCUGGACAAUCCAAUCCGAGUAACAGUUACCCCUCGAUGAGUGAUCCUUACCUGUCCAGCUACUAUCCACCAUCCAUUGGAUUUCCUUACUCCCUCAGCGAGGCACCAUGGUCCACUGCAGGGGACCCUCCCAUCCCAUAUCUCACUACCUAUGGACAACUUAGUAAUGGAGACCAUCACUUCAUGCAUGAUGCUGUUUUUGGGCAGCCUGGAGGUCUGGGGAACAAUAUUUACCAGCACAGGUUUAAUUUUUUUCCUGAAAACCCUGCAUUCUCAGCAUGGGGGACAAGUGGUUCUCAGGGGCAGCAGACUCAGAGCUCAGCCUAUGGGAGCAGUUACACUUACCCACCAAGCUCCCUUGGUGGCACAGUUGUUGAUGGGCAGACAGGUUUUCACAGUGACACCCUCAACAAGGCCCCUGGGAUGAACAGUCUGGAACAGGGCAUGGUUGGCCUGAAGAUUGGGGAUGUUACCACCUCUGCAGUUAAGACAGUGGGUUCAGUAGUCAACAGUGUGGCACUGACUGGUGUUCUUUCUGGUAAUGGUGGGACAAAUGUAAACAUGCCAGUUUCAAAACCAACUUCAUGGGCAGCCAUUGCCAGCAAGCCUGCAAAACCACAGCCUAAGAUGAAAACAAAGAGUGGGCCGAUAGUAGGGGGUGCCCUGCCUCCCCCACCAAUAAAGCAUAACAUGGACAUUGGUACAUGGGAUAACAAGGGCCCUGUUCCAAAGGCCUCAGCUCCCCAGCAGACACCAUCCCCCCAGGCUGCCCCACAGCCCCAGCAGGUAGCUCAGCCUCUCCCUGUUCAGCCCCCACCUUUGGUCCAGCCACAGUAUCAGAGCCCUCAGCAGCCACUUCAACCCCGCUGGGUGGCUCCUCGAAACAGAAAUGCAGCAUUUGGGCAGAGUGGAGGGGCCAACAGUGACAGUAACUCUGUUGGAAAUGCCCAGCCUGCUUCUACCCCAAGUGUAGAAUCCCACCCAGUCCUGGAGAAACUGAAAGCUGCCCACAGCUACAACCCUAAAGAGUUCGACUGGAAUCUUAAGAGUGGGCGGGUGUUCAUCAUCAAGAGCUAUUCUGAGGACGACAUCCACCGCUCUAUCAAGUACUCCAUCUGGUGUAGCACUGAGCAUGGCAACAAGCGCCUGGAUGGCGCCUUCCGCUCCAUGAGCAGCAAGGGGCCUGUUUAUCUGCUUUUCAGUGUCAAUGGGAGUGGACAUUUCUGUGGGGUGGCAGAGAUGAAGUCCCCUGUGGACUACGGCACCAGUGCUGGGGUCUGGUCUCAGGACAAGUGGAAGGGGAAGUUUGAUGUGAAGUGGAUUUUUGUCAAGGAUGUGCCCAAUAACCAACUUCGGCACAUCAGACUGGAGAAUAACGACAACAAACCUGUCACAAACUCCCGUGAUACACAGGAGGUGCCCUUAGAAAAAGCAAAACAAGUGCUGAAAAUUAUUGCAUCCUAUAAGCACACGACCUCCAUCUUUGACGACUUUUCUCAUUACGAGAAGCGCCAGGAGGAAGAGGAAGUGGUGCGCAAGGAAAGGCAGAAUCGAAACAAACAGUAAGGAAAGCCAGUUUGUUUUUGGUUAAUGGUUGACUUUGAAAACAGUUAUAAAGCUGUAUGCUUGGUGCUGUCUCCGAGUCAGCUCCAGUGUCGUCCUCGUGCGGGGUUGAUUGUUGCAUCUUUAUCUUUGUAGUUCAUUUUUGCCAGAUGGAUCUGCAUUCAUUUGUAUUUUUCUAUGUAUUAUAAUAUUGUAGAACUCACUAAUAAAGGAGUAUUUUGUUUGUCA